AUGACGGAAGAGGACACUCGAGCACUCCUCCCUCAAUUCUCCUUCCAAUGGCGUCCCCACUCCAUCCGAUACUUGGACAUUCACUUGCCACUUAGGCUCUCAGACCUCUACCGUUGCAACUUCAUACCUCUCUUAAACUUGGUUAAAGCAGACCUGCCCUCCUUCUCCCUACGUACACUACCCUGGGUGGGGAGGAUAAACGCUGUGAAGAUGAUGAUUCUCCCUAAAGUUUUUUUUCUGUUCCAGAUGCUCCCCAUAGAAUUGCCUGGUUCAUACUUCAGGACCCUCGCCAGAAUAACGUCCACCUACAUACGGCAGAACCGCGCUCCCAGGAUUGCGGGUAGGAUACUGGUACAAACUCGGCGGAAUGGAGGGCUGGCCCUCCCAGACUUCUGGGCCUACCACGUAGCAGCCCAGAUGGUGAGAGUGGUGGACUGGGUAUAUGGGGGCUCGGGUAAGAGUUGGGUGUCCCUAGAGACUGUGGUCUGUGGUGCUCCUUUACAGGAGGUUUCGAUGGCCACACAACUCAAGCCCUUGCAGGGCUCUGACUUCUUGCCUCUGGGGCGAGUAGACAGAUCCUUCGCGCAGUGGUCGGAAUCUGCCACUCUUAAACUGGGCGAUGUAUUGACUGGUAACGAAAGUCAAAUUAUGUUGGAAAAUUGUACAUCAAUUACUUAUUUUGCUUUGCUUGGCUUAACUGACAUAGUAAAGCUUCAGGUGAUCUUGUUUGCAUUUUUCUUUAUGCUUUACAUUAUAAACCUUAUAGGAAACCUUUCUAUCAUGGUUGUAACCAUUCACGAUCCAAGCCUGCAUACUCCUAUGUACUAUUUUUUGUGGAAUUUGUCAUUACUUGACAUUUGUUAUUCCUCUGUGACCGUUCCCAAGAUGCUGGCUGAUUUCUUUUCCUGUUAUAAGGUCAUCUCUUUUGCUGGCUGUAUCUCUCAGAUCCAUUUCUUCCAUUUCCUUGGUAGCACAGAAGUUAUGCUACUCACAGCAAUGUCUUACGACCGCUAUGUGGCCAUAGGAAAUCCUUUGCGUUAUUCCAAUAUUAUGAAUAGUAAACUUUCUCGACAUUUGGCGUUAGGUUCUUGGAUGACAGGAUAUUUCCACUCUCUCCUACACACCGUGAUGACUGCAAAGCUACCAUUUUGUGGGCCAAACCUGGUGAAUCAUUUCUUCUGUGACAUUAAACCUGUGUUGAAGUUGGCGUCCGCCGACACAUCUCUUAACCUAAAGCUUCUCACAAGGGUCACUGGAACACUGGCCACAACCACUCUGCUAUUAACUCUUCUCUCCUAUCUCUUUAUUAGCAAAUUCCUCCUUAAAAUACAGACAGCAGAAGGUCGAAAACAUGCAUUCUCCACCUGCAGUGCUCAUCUUACUGUUGUAUUUCUCUUGUAUGGAACAGCAAUAUUUACAUAUUUACGACCUUCCACACAAGAUUCUUUGGAACAAGAUCGAGCUGCUGCUGUUCUCUUUACUGUGAUAACCCGAGCACUAAACCCAAUCAUAUACACCCUAAGAAACAAAGACAUGAAGAAAGCCAUGAAAAAAAUUGUAAAUAUUUCACACUUCUAA